AUGGACCCGGACGCAUUCUCGGCAAGUUUGUUCAAGUGGGACCCCAGAGCCGCCCUCGCUCCGCCCGCCAGAAUGCUCGACGCCGUCGUGGCGCCGCCGCCCCCGCCGCCGCCGACCUUCUCGGUCCGGCCGAGGGGGGAGCUCGGUGGCCUGGAGGAGCUCUUCCAGGCCUAUGGGAUCAGAUAUUUCACGGCCACUAAAAUCGCAGAGCUUGGAUUCACCGUCAACACGCUCCUCGAUAUGAGGGAUGAAGAGCUUGACGAAAUGAUGAAUAGCCUCUGCCAGAUUUUCCGGUGGGAUCUCCUCGUCGGAGAAAGGUAUGGGAUUAAGGCCGCCGUCCGGGCUGAGCGGCGCCGCCUCGAUGAGGAGGACGCCCGCCGCCGGCAUCUCCUCUCCGGCGAUGCUACCCACGCCCUUGACGCACUUUCGCAGGAAGUAGGGUUGUCGGAGGAGCCGGUGCAGCAGGAGAAGGAGGCGGCGGGGAGCGGCGGCGGAGGAGUGUGGGAGAUGAUGGCGGCGGCGGCGGCGGGGGGCGGUGGGAGGAAGCAGCAGCAGCAGCAGCAACAGCAGCAGCGGCGGAGGAAGAACUACAAGGGGCGUUCCAGAAUGGCGGCUGCGUCCAUGGACGAAGACGACGACGACGAGACCGAAGGAGCCGACGACGACGAGAAUUGCGGCGGCGGCGGCGGAGAGCGGCAGCGCGAGCACCCAUUCAUCGUCACGGAACCCGGUGAGGUGGCGCGCGGGAAGAAGAACGGCCUCGACUACCUCUUCCACCUCUACGAGCAAUGCCGCGAGUUCCUAAUCCAAGUCCAAAACAUCGCCAAAGACCGCGGCGAAAAAUGCCCGACCAAGGUGACUAACCAGGUUUUCCGGUACGCGAAGAAGGCUGGAGCGAACUACAUCAACAAGCCGAAGAUGCGGCACUACGUGCAUUGUUACGCGCUGCACUGUCUGGACGAGGAGACGUCGAACGCCCUGCGCCGAGCGUUCAAGGAGCGGGGCGAGAACGUCGGUGCCUGGCGCCAAGCCUGCUACAAGCCUAUCGUCAACAUCGCAUCACGCCAAGGCUGGGACAUCGACGCCAUCUUCAACGCCCAUCCUCGACUCUCCAUUUGGUACGUCCCCACGAAGCUACGCCUGCUCUGCCACGCCGAGAGAAGCAAUGCCGCCGCCGCCGCCUCCAGCUCCAUCACCGCCGGCGAUCACCUGCCAUUUUAAUCUGCUUAUGAAACAGUGUUAGGUCUGAUGUAAGAAUGUUGUUCUAUUCGGAAUUUAAUUAAACUCUCCGGAAACCCUAAACCCUAAUCCGUAAGCCUAUAAAAGUGCAUAUCUUAAAAAAAAAAAAAAAAAAAAAGG